GCCCCCAUAAUGCCUCACGGUGGAGACAGGCACCGCCUCUUCCUCUGCUAUUCGCGUUUCCAUUGGCUCCUCCGGGCCGUCACGCAGCGGCACGACGGGUUCUGAUUGGCUGGAGAGCGACGGAGCCGGGACGGCGGCUAUGGCGGCCGGGCGGGCGGAGCGGGAGCGGGAGCGGUGCCGCCGGCGCCAUUUUGUGUGUGAGGGGCCGGGCUGGGCCCGCUCCCGUCCGCGGCCCCGAGGCGGCAGCAGGGGCGGUCCGGCCGGGGCUCUGUCCCGCGAGCGGAGCGUGAGGCCCCUCGUUGGCCCUAAUGGGGGGCGGUGCCGCGGCGCCACCGGCCGUGUCUCCCUCAGCGUUUCGGGACCGGAGCUCACGGAGCUGAGCCGGUGGGGUGGAGGAGCCCGGCCCGGAGCUCUCCGGCUGUACCUGUGUUACUGGGCGGGGGCUGGGGCUGUUUUUCGAUCAAAAUUAGCGUUAAACGCCAAAGCCCGCGGGGUUCCCGGAGCGAUCCCGGCCGGAUCCAGUGGAUCUCAGCUAACAUGGCCUCCCCGGCGGGGAGCUCCGAGACUCAAAAACAAAAGCGUUCGGCUGUUGCCAGGGCCCGGGGGAACUUCUCGGGCGGUAACAAACGCGAGCGACCCCGGGCUCGCAGGGAGCGAUGCCCCUCCGGGGCUGGCGAAGCACCUGCUGCGUUGUUUACCCCGUGCAAAGUCAAAACCCAGCUCUUUAAAAACUAAAAAUGGCUUUUUUUGGGGGGAGGGAUUGAGCUGGCGCAGCCUCCCCACGGCUCCUCAGUGGAGCUCCUGUUGCCAGCCCCGUUGUUGCCUCGAUAACACCAGCUCAUCCCCUGGUAUUUGUGGGGCUGGGUUUAGGUUUAAAACAGGGAGAUUUGGGAGCCUUCCGCUCUAAGUGCGGAUUGUGCUGUCAGACGUGGGUCAGCAAGUUAAAACCAGAUUAUUUGACAUUUAGGCACUUGGUGGGUGGGGUGGUUUUUGG